UUACUAAUAGAAGAAAUAAACUGCGAGACCGAAAAAUACUCGAAAUGCAAUAUGAAGACGGGACAAAUAUUUGCUGGGAGCAACGACGAGAACAAAGGCUGGACAUACAACCUACCGUAGUGGAUAAACAUGUGACUUGCGAUGAGACCAGAACUCCACGAGUUCGUCAUACCUCUACCACCAACAUCGUCUGUGCACCACCGACUGUCAGUUUUGUGAACUUUGAAAUCGGGAAGUCGUACACGAAACGCCUUCGCAUCACCAACAAGUCACCCUCAGAACUUCGCGUCUCCGUCAAGCCCCCGUCCUCCAACCUGCUCCAAGUUGAGUUGUGCUCCAAGCUGGUCAUCCUGUCUGGCGGUGAUGCUAUCGUAAGGAUCCACUUCAGGCCCAUUACUCCAUUGAAGAUAGAAGAUAAGGUGGUGAUAAGGACUGAAGGACAGGAUCUGAAGAUACCGAUAUUGUGUUAUAUUAAGCAUCCAGUCUUAAACGUGAUCGUCAAUGACAGUAUUGCUAGAUGCGAGAACAAUACGAUCUACAUCGGAGCUACACUCGUCAGCAACACUCUGCGAGUCCCUAUCACUUUCCACUCUGAUAGUCGUGCUAAGUUUAUCAUUAUCUCGGAUAAAUGCUGGUCUGACUUCACCUCCGACGACAAUGGCUUGAAUAAAGCAAUAUUACAGGCCGAGGUAUCAAAAGACAAGAGCGGCAACUCCAUAGCAUCUUCCGACUGUUUCACCAUAUCCCCCUCCUGCUACGCCAAUGGUACGGUCCCGGCUGCGGUGGUUUGCUGUCCCUUUACUGUCGGGUUCCAUACCACGCUGUUCCGGAUCGUGUCUUCUACUGCUAUCGUACGAUCACUGCGGUUCUUUGCUGAUGCUGUGGUGUACGAGCCCCAUCAUAUACGAUUGAAGGCUGAUGAAAGAGACUAUGACAUACUGACCGGUGUUGAGGAUCCGGCCUGCCAGUACUACGUCCACAUUGGGAGAACUGCCCCGAGAGGAGAGCUGAUAAAGACCAUCACCCUGGAGAAUGCCAGUCCAGUACCCUACAAGUACUACUGGAGAGCUCGUCCGUGGAGCAACUGCGGGUGUCCGUUCGACGGCAGCUCGGACAACGACACGUCUUGUUGCUGCGAGAAGCCGGAUGUUACGUCAAGCCCGCCUGCCCAGUCCGUUUACCCGAAGCCUUCAAGAGGGGUACUCCCUCCUGGGUCCAGUAUAUCAGUGGAAAUUCGCCUCUACUGCGCGGGACAGACCCUGGGCGUCCAACGAUCUGUGCUAAUGUUGAUUUUGACGGAGGUUCCUGUUGAAAGUGUAUCGUCAGAUGUUGACGUUCUGAAGAAGGAUUAUAUUGAUGAAGAAACUGUACCGAGUCUGGCAAAGAAACGCACUCGAGUACUAUGCGACAUACUAUCCGCCCAGCUGGAAGUGUGGUGGGAGGUGGCACCGGUUACCGUGGCUUUACAUCCGCCCGCCCUCGACAUACACUACUCAAGAAGGGUACAAUCUAUCCCACUAACCCUCAACGUCACCGAGUUGCACGGAGUGUGUGGGGCACAGGGGACCUGGGAGUCACCGGUGCCAAUGUCACCGAUACGCCUGGUACCGAACGGGACCACCACGGUUACUGUGGUGGUACCACUGCAGGAUAAUGACGAUGUUGAUAUCAGGUUAUUAGUCGACGGAUCCUGUGCAUCAACCCACAUACAGAGCCGCCCCGAACCGCAGUUCCCGUCACUGUCACCGCCCUACACCUGGGCGGGGACGGUCGCGCCCGGUGCCGUGGUCACUGCCAAGCUGGUGCUGCGGAAUGAUACCAGUAGAAUGCUCCACUGGUGGACCGUAAUUGACACCAAGGACACCACCAGAGCGAAGCCCUGCGUCUGCGGCGACCAAUGUCCUGACUGCCUGGUGAACCCAUACCUUGGUACACUGGAUGUGGAUGAGGAGGUAGUGUUGAAGUACAAGACACAGGCAAUGAAGGUCGAAGGCUGGCAGGCGACCCUGGUCCAGGUCUGCACUGAUGGUGAUGACGGUGACUUCACCAAAGGUUGUGCAGCUGUAGUGGCGUACAGGGUUCUGGAGCCGCGUUUAGUGCUGAGAGUCUUAAGUGAUGGUGGUACGCGACACAACGGUAGUGCUGUGCUGCGCCCGCCUGUGCUGUCGACUGGACACAGCACCCAGUACCGGCUCAGCAUCACCAACACCACACCCGUGUCGACCUUACUGCGUUGGGAGACAACUGAAGAUAACGUCCUGCGUGUGGCGUUCUCGCCCAACGUCACGGAAGUCGGAGGAUACGAGACGGUUGAUGUCACGGUGACACUGUUGCCCUGUUCGGUGUGUCGUCAGAGAGUGUUUGUAUGCAAGGCGGCGGUACAGCACUCAUCUCAGCCUCUGUGUCUACCGAUUGUAGCUGCUAUAGCUGGAAUCGAAGUGCGCAUUGAAAUACCACUCAGUGAUGGAGCCUCCCGGAUCGUCAUACUGACAGAGCCUCCUGCCGAGGAGUCCUCUGGAGGGACACACGAAGAUAUGCUUGAGGAGUUUCACAGGACUGGGACGGUUUCUGUAUACAAUAGUGGUGAUCGGUGCGCGGGCAUUCGGAAACUCGGCGAAGACAUUAGCUAUUCCAUGGAGUUCAUUGGAGCGCCUGUUAAUACCGUCAGCUCCAAGAGCCUGGUCGUCCGCAACGUGUCUCUUGUUGAUGCUGCAGUAGUCCUGGCCGUGAGGAGGUGGCCUCGACAACGGAAGACACAGAAGUAUCCUAAUGAAGAUCAGUGGCUAUUACACGAUAGCGGCAUCGCAGUGGAGUGCACCCCCUGGAGUAUGGUGGUGCGGGCGGGGGGGAGGGGAGAGGUGGUGGUGACCGUCCACGGUGACACGUGGGGCGUGUACCGAGAACGACUGCUGGUGAUGGUUGAGAAGUUGGAGCCACUGGUAAUAGACUUGUGGAUAGAGGUGUUCGGUGCUCCUCUCCAGUUCGCCAUCAGUGACAACACCACUCUGCCCGUUGUGUGGCUAGCUUCUACGGAUCCGAAGAGAAUUCUUCAAGCGACAAACCACACGCGCGCCGACAUACACGUCUACUCCUUUGUCGUGAAAGACCUUGCACCAAGUGAGAGGAAACUGCCAUUUCGCCUGUACUUUCGACUGUAUGAGGUUUCUUCAAAAUGCCUGUGUGCUAAGAAUGGUAGCGACACCAUUGACACAACUACUCCAAACAACUGCCUCCAUCCCGAUAUGGGUAUUGAGCUGUUUCUGGACGACGACUAUGGCCGACAGGAUUCUAUUUGCUACCGUGUGGAACCAGAAUACGUGCUCGUUGGUAAACAUCAAAAAGUCCACUGGAGUGUCAGCCUUACGGACGACAAGAGUUCUGCGCCCUCCGCGCUCGUGGUCAGGUCUACGCCAGUACAGAGUCAGGGUGAGGACUGGUUCCGCCCCUCUCCACCAGCUCAGCUGGUAAAACUCCGCACGUCCGCCCGCACUCCACACCUCGAGGUGUCGCAGACUGAAGUGACUGUGGAGAUCUGUGCACUGGAUCUAUCUCCUGAUGACGUCAUCCGAAAACGCAGGCGACUAGAAAUCAGAAACACUGGAAAUGGUUUCCUGACGUUGUCGAUUAAAACUAAGGAACCAUGGCGUGUAAAAGAAGAUAAAUGUGAUCAAAACAGCGCUAGAAACAAUGAAGAAAAGCAAGAUCUUCAAAAAGAAACAACCGAAUUAGUUAUGCUACCCAACAGUUCCAAAGAGGUCUCCGUCAAAUUAGAGUUAGAAGCAAAGCAUGUGGUCCCGGAGCCCGGAGACCAGUAUCCUUCGGAUAUCCUCAACACUACACCUCUAUACUUCUAUGACGAGGAGGGUAGAGAGAUGCUGAAUAUACCUCUAACGUUGCACGUAGACCGACCGGUCCUGGCUGCGGAGCCCGCUCUCAUCGACUUCGGCCUCGUCAGCGACGGACACGCCAAGAAGUCAUACUUCACCCUCACACACACCAGCCGCACCAGGACAGUCGAAGUGGCAGUUUACAUUUCGGGGGAUGAGAAUUUCAAAAUACACCCAGAGAAACUAACCCUGGCCCCCGGAGAGAGGCAGAAUGUUUAUCUGCAGUACACCUGCAGAUGGACAGACUCUCACACGGCGCUCGCGCUCAUCCGCGUGCGCGGCGGUGCGGACUGGUGCGCGGUGUCGGUGCAAGCGCGUGCGCACCCCACGCGCUACGUUGCGCGUUCUGCCGUCACCGACCACGCCGACUUCACUGUAGACGACAUGCUGCUGCCGCCGAUGUUGUGAUUCUAUGUAGAUAGUAUUGUUAAUAUUA